GAGGUGUACAUUACUUCAAAAUAUCAGAUAGGUGUGGGUUAGUCUCUGCUGAAUGGUCACUCUUCCAAGUUUACGGUGUUUACAAAAGUUGUUUAGAGCCCUGAUUGAUUGUGUGCUCUCUAAAUACCUGGUAGUGUGAGGCUAUGGGAAUAGAAAGAGUGAAAUCGGGCCGCGUGACAAACCAGUCUGGCAGUGAAGUAGUGGGUCCGCCUGAGAUGUCGAUCCACAACGGUGAUGACGCUGGUGUCCAGGCGUCCAGCGAGAGUUUCUGGGAAGUGGGAAAGUUUGUAAGAACUGUGAAACGUAUAGACAAUGGAUAUAGCUUGUGCAGUAGUCUGAAACAGCUCAUAAACAGUCGGGCGGAGAUUGAAAGAGCAUAUGCCAAACAGUUAACACAGUGGUCUAAAAAGUGGAAUGAAUUCUUGGACAAAGGUCCAGAGUAUGGCACUACCCAGGGUGCAUGGCGGGGUGUGCUGGAGGAGGCGGAGAAGGUGGCGGACCUGCACACAGAUGUGGGGGACAAACUCGUGAACAACGUGACUGCUUCGAUCAAACAGUGGCAGAAGGAGAACUACCACAAGUCCAUGAUGCACUUCAAGGAGACAAAGGAGAUGGAUGACCAGUUCAGGAAGGUACAAAAACCAUGGGAGAAGAAGUUGAACAAAGUAUUAACGGCAAAGAAGGACUACCACAACGCGUGUAGGAAUGAGAAGAGUACAGCGAAUCAGGAGAACAACGCGCGUGCAGACACGGCAAUGUCCUCGGACCAGUUGAAGAAACUGCAGGACAAGUUGAAAAAGUGCCAGGCGGAAGUGGAAGCAACACAGGAAAAGUACCAAGCCAGCCUCAACGAUCUGAACGGAUACAACGCAAAAUACAUUGAAGAUAUGACACAGGUAUUUCAAAAUUGUCAAGAUUUCGAGAAAAGAAGAAUAGACUUUUUCAAGAAAAUAAUGUUUGACAUUCAUCAAUGCUUGGACCUCUCUGUAAAUACCAGAUUCUCACAACUGUAUACAGAUCUUCACACGACGAUCAGCAGCACGGAUGCAGACAAGGACCUUCACUGGUGGUCAAACACACAUGGGGCUGAUAUGCCCAUGAACUGGCCAGUCUUAGAGGAAUAUUCUCCGGAGCUGAAGCCAAUUCAUGGAAAGGAGAAGAAGAUGGGCAACAACGACGGCCAGAUCACAAUCACCAGUAUCAAGCAGAACACUGACAACUUUUUGCCGAGUUCAAGCCAGCGGAGCAACCGAGAUUCCCAGAUCUCUCAGAAUUCCCAGUCUGGAACAACAAACACAGCAUUCAACAGCACUCCUCCUGCCAACCCCUCCCCACCCAUACAACUGCAUCAGCCACCAGUCAAUGCAAGGCAAGUCUCGUAUGACGAGACUUUAAACCCUUUUGGUGACGAUGAAAGUGUAACUACGAAGGGUGAGAACACCAGUCAGAAUGCCGAAAAUAAAACUAUAGACAAUGAGCCGGCUGUGGGGAACCCAUUUGGGGAUGAGGAUGACCACGAUGACCGGGUGUCGACGGAGGGGUCUGGUGUAGGGGACACCCCAGUGACCUCUAUCCCCUCCCGGGUCGUUUACACAUACAAGGCAGAGGAAGAGGAUGAGAUCAGCGCUGAAGCAGGUGAGGUGUUAACCCGACUGUCAGAGCAGGACGACAUGGGCUGGGUGAAGGCGCGGGCAAAGGAUGGCCGCGAGGGCCUCAUACCCUACGGAUACAUAGAGGACAUUGAAUGAUCUGUACCACCCUGUAAAAUAGCAUUUUCUUCCAGAUUGUCAGCCAUGUGGCUGUGUGUGGGACACCAUCUUGGCCUAUUUGAUAAUUAUGUAUUCUGUCAUUAAGGAAGAGGUGCCAGAUCAGGUUUCUUUAACUUGUGUUUUGAAUGUAAAUUUGCCAUGUGUAGGCAAUGUGUAUAUGAUUCAUACGGUAGCAAAACAACCUGUACGAUGUAAAUGUAUAUUGGUCCUGUCUAGUGCAUAGAAUAUGAUAUAUAAUCUAUGUUCAUUCAUACAGUUACACAGUUACUCAAAUUAAUACAUAUUUGUAUUAUGGUUGUUACAUGUAAAAGUGUAUCAUUAUUGUUAUACUAACGUAGAUCAUUAAUGGUAGAAUGUAAACAUAUAGCGAAUAUGAUAUCAUUUAGAAAAAAUGUUUUUGGAUAAUCAGACAAGAUUAGUAGCUAAGAAUGUUUUCCAUUUUGGAUUAACAAUAAUAAAUAAAUGAUAAGUUCAAUAAUGAAAAUAUACUGAGACAUUGUGUAACAAAUGAUACUGUUCGUGACAAGACUCUUGUCCUUCGAUAUUUCACUGUGAAUAAUUUCAGAAAAUACUCAUUUUAAAACAAUUUCUUGCUGUACAUUUUGCUACUGGCUAUCCUGAUUGUUCAUGUUGCCAAAUUGUUCUCAUAUCAAAAGCCUUCCCUUCUACGGUGAGGUCAGUGUAGUUACCCGUGAUAUUUAUACAACAAACAAUUACAUAUUUUCCACAACCUUUUCAAAAUGUUAGCAAUGUAAUGUAUAUAUAAACACAAAUGUCAUAUUGUAAAUACACAUAAUUAUUUAGAAUACAGAAAAUAUAAUAUGUAGUCAGUGUACAUUACUCAUUCUACUAUGCAUCGUACAAUAGAAACAUUAAAAACUGGAGUGAAUUUUUUAACCUUUUUUUCUGUAUCAUGUAUUGUUUAUACGCACAAAUGCAUAUAUUGCAAAAUUCAUUCCAUACACAAAAGUACAACAUAGACAAAGAUAUUGAUGUCAUUUUACUCUAGUGUCUGAGAAGAUAAUGAUGCAUGCAAUCUGAGAUUUAAAUUGCAAUUUUUUAGUAUACAAUAAAUCAUAGAUAAAUGAAAUGUACAGAAUGCAGGAUUCUAUAAUUAGGAUAAUACAUAUUUACAAACAAAAAUACACCUUAAGAAGUCAUCCUUAAGCAUUGUAUAUUGAGUGGUACAUAAACACUAAGCAUAAUUUAAUUUCAACAGUAUUUGAUAGCAUUUUAAUUAGUUGCAAAUAAUUGUCAGUUUUUGUGGAGACCUUUCUUUCUUUUAGUUGAGAUGGUCAUUUUUGCAAAUUCUCUCCCACCAAAGUCUUGUUUGAAUGUUGAUAUUUUAUACAGAGUUCAUAGUAUAGUUAUGUCAUAUUUGCCCUCUGGGAGGGAACCAUCAGUAGCUUUCUUCCAUGUUUUAAACUUCCAGGUGUAUUACAUUGUAUAUUAAUAGUGUUGGUUUGUUUCGAGGAUCUUUACCACUGUUAAAGAAAUUGUCAUAUCCUUCUAUACCAGUGUAUUUGUAUUUACCAAAUAUUCCAGACCGACUUAAAUACUGCCAAUGUCUUUGAGUUACUCUAAAGUUGUAAUUUGUUCUAGAAUUUAUUACCUGUAUUACCUUAUAAAGUUGUGUAUUUUCAUGUAAACACUGAGUAUAUCACUCAAAUCAAGAGUCAAAAUGGCAGGUAUUAUAUAAUAGUGAGAACUUAUUGUGUGAAAUAUUAAUACUUCGCUCGCUCUGCCCUUUGUUACUUAUUGGAGGCUGAUAGAAAAUUGUAUUGGCUGGAUAUGUAGGUUAUGAUCUAAAGAAAAAUAGAAGUUAAUGACCAUUAUCUUGUAAUUUUAUGUCAACUGUGCUGUUUCUAAUUAAAUUAUUUAUGAUCAAAGACAUCAUUAUGCACUAUGCUUAAAACAAUAGUAAAUUAUCCAUGUAUUUAUGUUUGUUAAGAAAAACAUAUUUUAUUUUUGAAAAAAAAUAUUUUUACAUAUUAUUUUGGACUUAAAAUUGCUGUUUCUUUUCAGAUUUUUUUGCCAAAAUUAUUGAACUUUAAAUCACAAAUUUUACUGUCAUUUGUAACACCUACCUCAAAAUCUUUCAUAUUCAGCAGAAAUGGCUGUCGGAUUUUUAUAACUUUGUGCUUUUCUUGUUUUAAGCUUAAUUCAAAUAUCAGCAGAGUGACAUAAAUGCAACCCAUUUGAAUAUUGAGUGAACAUUUUGGCUGUUCUUGAAAUAGUGGUCAGAUUCAUGUUAUUGUUAAUCUCUGCUUGUUAUUUCUUUCUGAAACAGCAGUAACUUGACUAGAUAUUAGAGUAAACAAAAAGCAAAACAAACACCUGAUUCUUAAAAAUUGAUGUAAAAUUCUUACAGAUCUCUCUUGUUUUCCUUUAACUGUAUGUGUUCAGUGUCAUAAGUGACUAUGUGCAUGUCUAUGCAGAUCCUUGUAUUGUUCUCUGACAGUUAUUCCUAAAGUGUGGGAAUUAUAAGUACAGCUAGAUUUCAGACGAAAUUGCAAUACAGAAACUGUUGUUUGUAAUAAUAUUUGUUGGAAAGUUAUGGAUAAGUAUAUUAUACUAUAUUCAAAAUAUGACUCAAAUUGUGCUACAUAACAGUGUUAUUUGUUUUUGUUAACUAUGUAAAUAUAACCAUGGGAUUAUAGAUAUAUAAGUUAUUCAUUAUUCAGCAAUUUAUUGCGUACAUAUUAAAUAUCAGUGAAAUAAG